UUUUCUUAAUCUGGAAAAAGUUAAGAGGGUCGGAUGCGAAGUGUGAAGUGAGGCCAAUGUAGCAGAGGGACGAACUGUGUUCAUACCAUUUUGAGGAAUCAAAGAAUCUUUUGGUGCGUGGAUGGAGAAGAAAAUGGUGAAGUUGUUGUUGGGUUUUUCUUGAGAUUUUUUCUUUUUCUGCUAAAAAGCAGAAAACUUGAGUGGCUUAGAUGGCAGAGCAUGAUUCAUGUUGUGACAUGUGUUGUUGACCCUGGAUGUUAAUUCACUUGAGCUUGUGUUGCUAAAGGAGAUCAACCCCUAGGAAAUCAUUUAGAGAGGAAAUUGGACAUGAGCAUGCUAGUGGGGACAUGCUUGAGCCAAGAGAAACUGAUUUACCUGCCUUAUUCUUGGUUUUGGUUGUGCUUCCUCUGCUUGCUUACAUCUUACUAGGAAAAUGGAGUGAGGCUUCAAGGAAGAAAGAGAGGAUAAGUUUACUUGCUCAAUUGGCUGCUGAAGAAGCUCUUAGGGCAGAAGCCAUGGCUGCUGCUAGUGUUAUCCCUCUUGUACCUUCAUCAAAGAAAGGAAUACAUGAGUGCGCCAGAUGCUUUGCUCCAGCUACAACCCGCUGCUCCCAAUGCAAGUCUAUUCGCUACUGUUCCGGGAAGUGCCAGAUAAUCCACUGGAGGGAAGUUCACAAGCAAGAGUGCCAGCUUCUUGAAACCAGCAGCGGCUGCUCAUCUCCUAAGCUUUCCAUAGCUGAAGAGUCUAUUUGUGAAAGUGUCUUGCUUGAUGGCAACAUGAACUCACACUGCUUUGGUUUCAAUAUCAAGCAGCCUGUGCAUGAGAGAACUCCUUUCCAUGAAACAAUUCAUCAUUCUCUUAGAACUGAUGCCUCUGCACCUGUUGCUUGUACCACAGUGGAUACUUCUGGAGUCUCUGUAAUGGAGAGGAGAUCCAUAGACAAGAGAAUUUCCCGCAAAUCCAACAAAGAAGUGUCAAGAAGAGAUGAUGGAGCUAUAUUAGGGUCUUCUGAAGAGACCUUUAAGAAUAAAAUUAAGCGUUCUGCCUCAUCUAAAACUUUUCCAUCAAAGGAAGCUCAUAUGAGACAUAAGAUCAGAAAUGGUGACUCCGUGUUUUCAGAAGAAGAAAUUCCUAAAAUACAUAAUGUCAACAUCCCUGGUGGGUUUAGUAAUGGAGAGCAUAAAAGAAGUACAACAAAUGAUGGCCAUAACUUACAAAGCAAACCUGAAUCUGUAUUUGAUUCAAUAACUGAUUUUGGUGAAUCAAGCUCAUCAAAUUCAGCGAAAAAUGGGACAAAUUUGUGUGGCAUUGAAAUGGAUUUGUUAUUGGAUAGGCAAAAUUUAGCGGGGGAAGGACUUACUUCUAAUGAUGAAAAGGUGGAAUUGAACUGUUCUUCUGAAAUGAUUCUGAUGAAAAGAACCAUUAAAACUAGAAGUGGAUCGUAUUCUCCUGGGUCCAAAAUGUAUAAAUCACCAAAAUUGAUGAUGAAAGCGUCAAGAGAACAAUCAUGUUCAGAUUUGGAAAGGAAGAAGCAAAAUGCGGAUGGGUCAAAAGUUGCUACAAUGAGGAACACUGUUGCUGCACAAGGAAGCAAUGGGGUUGCGAGCAUGGGAAUCAUGAAAAUGAUUGGUCUGAGGAAGUCAUCAAAACUUGACAGAAAGGAAAUACCGCAAGUUUUUGGUGAUAGGCGUAAGAAACUAAAGAUGUUAUUUCCUUACGAAGAAUAUGUGAAGUUCUUUCAGUGUGAAUUCUCUGGCUUAACUCCUCGAGGCCUUGUAAAUUGUGGGAACAGUUGUUAUGCCAAUGCUGUACUGCAGUGUUUGACCUGCACAAAGCCUCUGACCAUCUAUUUGCACUCUAGAUCACAUUCUAGAACCUGUUGUGUGAAAGAUUGGUGCCUUAUGUGUGAACUUGAGCAACAUGUAACGAUGUUAAGAGAAAGUGGGGGCCCUCUGUCUCCCAGCAGAAUUCUUUCUCAUAUGCGGAGUAUAAAUUGCCAGAUUGGUGAUGGAAGUCAGGAAGAUGCGCAUGAAUUUUUGAGGCUUCUAGUCACCUCAAUGCAAUCUAUAUGCUUGGAGGGUUUGGGUGGAGAGGAAGUGGUUGAUCCCAGAUUGCAGGAAACAACCUUUAUACAACAUACUUUUGGGGGUCGUCUUAGAUCAAAGGUCAAAUGUUUGAGAUGUCAUCAUGAGUCGGAACGAUAUGAAAAUAUUAUGGAUCUUACAUUGGAGAUAUUUGGUUGGGUUGAAUCAUUGGAAGAUGCACUCACUCAGUUUACAACCCCUGAAGAUUUGGAUGGAGAAAACAUGUAUAGAUGUGGAAGGUGUGCUGCAUAUGUACGGGCGCGGAAGCAGUUGAGUAUACAUGAAGCGCCAAAUGUCUUGACAAUUGUCCUGAAGAGAUUUCAGGAGGGUAGUUAUGGCAAGAUAAAUAAGUGCAUCACUUUUCCUGACAUGCUGGAUAUGAUCCCAUUUAUGACUGGAACAGUUGACAUUCCUCCACUUUACCUGCUUUAUGCCGUUGUUGUGCAUUUGGAUACGCUGAAUGCAUCUUUUUCUGGGCAUUAUAUCUCAUAUGUUAAAGAUCUGCAAGGCAAUUGGUUCAGGAUAGAUGACACUGAGGUCCAUCCGGUACCGAUGAGCCAGGUGAUGUUGGAGGGAGCAUAUAUCUUAUUUUACAUGAGGUCGUGCCCCCGGCCCACAAUCACUUCUACUGCAAAAGCUACCCAGCAUCAAGCUUCUGGAUUUGCAAACCACUGGACAUCCAAAAGUCACAAAUCUUCAAGACCAGGACAAAGCAAAUCCAGUUGCCACUUUGUCGGCCCUGAAGCUUCAUCAGACCUUAGACCAGAAUCUACCAUGGGCUUUACCAACCACACAUUGAAUGGUAUUCUUAGAAGUGCAAAUAGAAAUAGACCGCCAACAGUGGAGACUUAUGCUGAGUCAAGGAGCAUCGACUUUUCGGAUGCUACAUCAAGUGAUUGGUCCAUUUUUACGAGCUCAGAUGAAGCAUCUUUCACCACUGAGAGUACCAGAGACUCUUUCAGUACCGUAGAUUAUGCUGACGCAUGUAAUAUUGAUCCUAUCUCCUCAAUCUUCAACAACUUAUAUGUGCCAGAAUAUUCAUCUCAUAAACAUGUUUCAUGUAGUAUGUUUUCAAGAAGUAAGCCCCAGACAAGAUUUGUUUUGGAGGGUAAGAGCUUAGUUUUGGACUCGUACCCGUCAACCCAACCUCUUGAUAGAGUAGAGAAAGUAGAGAAUCUGAAGAAGGUCAGUAUUUCUUCAAUUGAAGCUUUUCAUUCCGAUAGUAACUUUGGCAUACAUGUAAAAUGCGGUAGUAACUCCAAAGAUGGUAUAUGUCGUCGAACUUCUGGUCAUUGUAAACUUCAAUUUCUGGGAAUUCCUACCGAUUAAAUGGCUAAUUUGCUAGAUAUAAGCUGUACCUCAAAUUUUCCUUCAAUAUUUUGUUGAAUGGGGUACAUGAAUCAUAUUUCAAAUCCCAGUUAUGUAUUUUUCUUCUUUGAUUAUGCAUUUUCCAGUAAAUAUAAUUUCUUUUCUAACAAAA